CAUAAAGGGGUUUACUGAUGCAUUAGAGCAGAAGAUUACUGAGACGGCAGCAAUACCUAACAGACUUGGCAAAGAGGGAUAAUGGAGCAAGUUCCCAAACGCGUCAGAGUUCAGAGCAGAUUGCAGACACGCAACAAAGACAGCGAAGACAACUCAGAGAUGGCAUCAUCGAGUCCCCCCGACGUGGCAGAGUGUUUACUGAAUGCUCCCAUCAAUGCGGCAAAGAGUUUACUGAAGGCUCCCUUCAAUGUGGCAAAGGGGUUACUGUAUCCUCCCCGGAAGAGACGUCGAGGGAAAUCACGUAACGCGAGCAGAGAACGCCGAAAGGCCUCUCGUUCGCAGUCACCUCGCCGCAGGAAAACGCACCGGACAGACCACAGAAACAGGAGAUCUACCCUGACAGAGCAACGAUCUGCACGUAACGCGAGCAAAGAACGCCGAAGGUCCUCUCGUUCGCAGUCAGCUCGCUGCAGGAAAACGCACCGGACAGACCACAGAAACAGGAAAUCUACCAUGACCUCGCCUGAACCUCUGACAGAGCAACGAUCUGCAGAGCAACGACCUGCAGAGAUGGCAGGUCUGCAGCCAACCACUCAGGAUCAAGCUCCGAAGGUCAACCGCAGAAAGAGCUCGUUGAAGACUAGACCUGAGGAUCUGACAGAGCAACGACCUGCAGAGAUGGCAGAUCUGCAGCCAACCACUCAGGGUCAAGCUCAAACGGUCCACCGCAAAAAGAGCUCGUUGAAGAUUAGACCUGAGGAUAGGACAUAUAAGAACCUCUUAGAGGCUCCAGCUGCUGAGGAUCAGACCUCAAGUUGGUCGACCAUUGGUACUGGCAUUCUACGCAAUGUAGGUUGGUGUGCUGGCAUCGCCGUCAUGUUACUAGUGGCCCAUAAAUACAUCUUAAAUGCAUAG